AUUUUGCUAAACUGUAUCCCUCCACGAUCGUGGAAAUUAUAAUACCAGUAUACGGGGUGUUCCGUGGACUAGCGGCUGAAUAUCCGGGUAUAGAGGGGCUACCAAUGCAUCUUGUUUACCCCUGAGACAGUGCUGUGUACACAACGACUCCCACAUACAACCGGCACAGCCGUAGCAGACGAGAGUCGUGUGGUGAUCGGGUACGCGGAUCUCUGAACUCAUCUACCCCGCGUCUGCAUGCAAACAACACUCCGGUGUAAGGGCCAGCAUCCAGUGCACAUAUCUGGUGUCUGCUUUUUGUACAAGUUGUAUUUUGGUUUCCCUCUGGUGCCCAAUCCUGCUUCAAUACCCGGGAUAUUGUGAACAGUUCCCAUCCACCCUUUCAAGACACCAGCGUCUGGGAUUUCCAGGAUCCAGGAGCAGUACCUGAGGUCUGUGAGAUUCUGACCCUCCUGUGCCCGGUGUAGCACCAUCUCUGCCAGUGUACCCCUCCUGCGAUCUAGGCAGGCACAUGUGCGCGACUCCUUGGGCUUACAGUGUUAUCACGAACCCACCCUUGUCUGAAUGCCCCCGGCCCCAAUGUUAGGGGUAGACUUGUCCCUCGGGAUGCCCAGUCCAGCCAAACGUUUGUGUCGCGAUGGAAGCUUGGAUACACUGCGGGGAUCUUCAACGGACACUUCCCCAGACAACACAAGAUUCAGGAAGUGUGCAAAGCCGGGAGUUAAAGCAGAGCCUGACACAGAUGACAGCCAGGCGUUCUCAGACGACGACAGCAUGAUGGGGGACGAGGAGAAGCCUGUGGGUCACGAGAACAGUUGCCAGGACAACAGCAUCUCACAGCAGCAGCAGAAGAAGACGGUGGCCCAGAUCAUGCGGGAUAAGAAGAAGCAGACCAAUUUGACCCUGCAGUGGUUAGAGGAAAACUACUGUAUGUGUGAGGGCGUGUGUCUGCCGCGGUGCAUCCUUUAUGCUCACUAUCUGGACUUCUGCCGGAAGGAGAACCUUGAGCCGGCGUGCGCGGCUACAUUCGGAAAGACAAUACGACAAAAGUUUCCCCACUUGACAACAAGACGUCUCGGAACAAGAGGUCACUCUAAGUACCACUAUUACGGUAUCGGUAUCCGGGAGACGAGUCAGUACUACCACUCGGUGUAUUCAGGAAAAGGCUUGACCAGGUUCUCAGGAUGCAAGUUAAAGAACGAGGGCGGCUUCACCCGGAAGUAUUCAUUGAGUUCAAAGACCGGAACUCUCCUGCCAGACUUCCCCAACGCUCGUUUCCUCAUCCUCCCCCUCUCUAUACCGCGGGAGAAGGUGGAGACGUUCAUAAUGAUGUAUAAAACCCACUGUCAAUGCAUCCUAGACACGGCAAUAAACUCAAACUUUGAAGAGAUUCAGAACUUCCUGUUGCACUUCUGGCAGGGACUUCCGGAACACCUACUCCCCCUGGUGGAGAACCCCGUCAUCAUUGACAUCAUCUGUGUGUGUGACUCCAUUUUGUACAAGGUUUUAACAGAAGUGUUGAUUCCCGCUACAAUGCAAGAAAUGCCCGAAACGCUGCUAUGUGAUAUCAGGAAUUUCGCCAAGCACUGGGAGAAUUGGGUAACAACUUCACUAGAAAACCUCCCCGAAGUCCUCGCCACCAACAAACUCCCGGUAGCAAGGAGGUUCGCCUCAUCGUUAAAACGACAAACAUCAUUUCUUCAUCUUGCCCAGACGGCUCGGCCAGUCCUUUACGACGCUCAACUAGUCAAUCAAUCGAUAGCCGAUAUUGAUCGCAUCGAUCUCAGCAGUAUCGGUUCUCAGGCACUUAAUAACUCGAAAGACGGUGAGGAGACGGAAGUGAACGCUGAAUGUAAGUAUCGAGAGAUUUUACGAGAGUUUAAAGAAUUGUUACGUAAACAGGCUACCGUAGAGGCGUUCACCGAGUGGCUUGACACAGUGGUGGAGCAAAAGGUCAUCAAGCCGAGUAAACAAAAUGGAAGAUCCUUUAAGAAACGAGCACAAGAAUUUCUCUUGAAGUGGUCUUUCUUUGGAGCAAGAGUCAUGCACAAUUUGACAUUAAACAACGCUCAAAGUUUCGGCUCCUUUCACCUGAUCCGCAUGCUGCUGGAUGAGUACGUCCUCCUGGCCGUGGAGUCUCAGCUUCACAACGAGAAGGAGGCGGAGCUGCAGACACUGCUGGACAAACACAUGAAGCCAGAUGACCAAGGCACGAAACCUAUUCUUGCUCAAGGACCAAGCACGUGUUUUGUCGCCAACCCAAACAGGAACAAUCCUUCGAGACCCGGAAGUGUGAAGCGCGAGAACUACCUUGACCCAGACGGACACUACAACCCCAUGCACAACCGUGACCCCUACCCCAUCUCCCCGCACCUCAGUUCUCUCACCUCCAUGACUGCCUCUGCCGGCAACAAUCAAAUGUUAACGCCUCCAAUCUCCCCCAUCGUGGUCAACCCCAUCCGCACCUCCGUCAUCAACCAGAACAACAUGGGCUACAACCCAACGCAUACCAACGCAUACCUAGCUCAACACAGUGAUUAUGGCCCCGGCAACGCAUCAUACAUGGGUCCGGUGGCAUACCCCCCAGUCUCCUACGGUGCAGCGUUCAGGGGUCCCCCCAACUCCCUGCCCUACAGCCCCAGUCCCUACAACCUGAAGAACGACAUGGAGCCGUACAGCUACCCCGAGCAGCAGUUUCCCGUGGAUGCGUACUACCCCUCUUCUAGCAUGACGGGAUACCCACCAGUGAGCCAAUCAAACUACUCGUCUCAUAACAACAGUUCAACCGGAAGCGGAAGCGCAUUUAAUGUUGUACAAAGUACGUCUGCUUUCAACACGACCGGAGGCUACCAGAACCAAGACUUUUUCGGGGGUCCCUCCUACCCUCAGCCAAAGCUUGUAGAGCACGUGUCGGUGAUCCAACAGAGGCCCACGCCCACUCACUACCCAACCGAUAUCGGGGACGCACCCCCCUACAUCCUGGAACGGCCUCACAGAUCAAAGGACCCGACUUCUAUGUAUGGAAACGGGAGCCCAGCCACAUGCCACACCCCACCUCAUGCAGUUCACCAGCCUGUUCACCAACUGGGGGAAGACUUCCUGAACAUGACGGGGAUGAUGGCGGGGGACCACGAUAUGGCCUCCACCUACGGCGAUCCCGGCCCCCUCCCCUCCAUCAACACAGUCUUCAUGUCCGAGGCCAACAAGGGAUGCUUCUAACCCACCAAGGACAUCCAGAUAGGCCGGCUCUCUACCAGAGCUUGCAUGACCGACAUGCGUUCGAUGAGGACAUGAUCGCGCUCAUUACAGAGACAACUCUGCUUUGGUAGCAUCAUCCCUACAGAACCAGAUAGACAAUGGAUAACGUAUUGUAUGUAGAUAUUAUCUCAUUACCCAGGGAUUCUACAUACUGUCUCUAUGUACCUGAUAUGUUGAAGGACUAGAGGAACCUACAUCGCCAGCAUGCCUAGUGCAUGGCGUGAUAGCAGGAGACAGAGGUUCCAGGAUAGCAAAUAUUGAUGAUUCACCGUGCGAUUCCAGUUCCACUGAAAGCCUUUCUAGACAUAACUGUGCCCAAAGGUUAGAGACGUGUCACUAAGGUGUUCAGCAAUUCGUGUUUUGGUGGUACCCGGAAGCAAUCGGAUGUACAAAUCUGAGAACAUUAGCAACACUUUCUGAACUUGCGGUACCAAUUUAUGGCAACGGACUCGGUGGUGAUAUUUGUUGCCCUUGGAUCUGUUCAACCAUCAUCACUAGAGUGAGUGGUUCAGGAUUCGACAAUAAACAAAACGGGACCUAUAAAAAUAGGCUUCACACUUUGAACUAUAUGGCACGUCAACAAACAGACUUGACUACCCCACCGCACCUGCUAAGGAUGCAUAACUGAGACAGCCUGAGACGAACUAUAUGGAAAUUGUUUUAGUUGUGACUUCACCUCGCAGAAAUUCUGCCGUUGUAGUUGACAACGCGUUGGUAAUACAAGUUUAUGCCUGGCGUACCCUGUAUUGUGGAUGUACAGAUUUACAUUCUCACUGUGGAACAAACUUUAUUUGAAGUGUGUAAUAUGUAAAUAUAUUUGGCUGACUGUCUUAUUUUGUAAAGUUGUUUUUGAUUCAAAAUGUUUUCUUUAUGAUAUUUAUGAUGGUUGUGUAUAUGUGUAAGGUUGAUGGUAGGUUUAAAGUGCUAAUGAAAUUCAGUUUCCUAAAAUGUCCUUAUAUAAAAUUGAAAUAAAACUCACUGAAACUAUUCCAACCAAAGAAAUAAAUAUAAUGCUAGAUUAAAUAAUAAGUUCGAUUAUUUCAAAAUUAUUAUGAAAUCAUAUUCCAAAUAUAAAUCAUUGUGACUUCACGUCCAUGCCUAGAUGUCUUAUAAAAGCCUCGUGUAACAUAAAGGGUGUCUCUUGCUCAUGAGAGCAUUGUUGAAACAUUGAAAUAACUAAUCCCGGAAAUGUUUCACCUACAGUGUCUGUUUGAGGGUUCAAACGUCUUAUUUGCCGAGACAAACCCAAUUUAAAAAUGAAUUUGAAUCAAGGAUGUACUGUCCGUAAAUUAUGCCAUGUUUUCAUGUGAUGUAUGCAGUUAAUUUUCAAUAACUUAAAUUGAUUUAACAGACAACUAAACUGUAAUACAUAGUAGGGGUGUAAAUUUGUCAGGACCAAGCACCUCUUAAACAAUAAAACCGAUGUAAAAAAUCUCAUAAUUGUUUUUAUGUCAGGUGACCAUAGAGUGUGAACUACAAUUGGUUCCGAUAAUUAUAGGACGCGGACAUACUGAUUGGGGCUUGUGUGUUGUAAUAAAUUCGAGUUAACAACAGUCAAUUCCGGAUAUAACGAAUUUCAAGAACGCUGAUAUAUGUUCGUUAGUUCCGAAACUCGUUAUUCACAUGACGUUACAAUAUUCACAAUAACGUUGAAUUCAAACCAGGGGAUUAAAAUUGGAUGCGUCUUAACUGACUAUUCGCGAUAACCAACUUCGUCAUAUCCGGAGCUGGCUGGUAGAUAUUAGAUGACAUUGUACAGGGCUGCCUACUGCCGGAGACAAGGAAUAUUGCCGCACCAAUGUGCGCAGUUGUGAGUUGGAUCAGAUCUGAGUGUACAUAACAUAAACAUAUAUAUUGUUGUUUUGUAAAUAAUUUGAAGAAUACUGUGUUUUCAUUGUCAUUAAGACUGCCAUGUGCCCUAUCCUGUAUUAUUCCCUCUCUAGGUCACGCGCUAGGUCAUUUCAUAGGUUCUGCCCUAGGCCAUGAGCAAGGUAAUGCCGCAGGCUCCGCAUUAGGUCAAAUGCUAGGUCCUGUGUUUGUUCUGAGCCAUGAAGAGUUUAUUUGUCUUUGUUGUUACGAAUUCGGUGUGAUUCCGUGUUGAUUGUGUGUGUUACGUGGAGUGUGCGUGGCAUUUGUUUAUGUAUGACUAUAUUAAUUGUCGGUUUAGUUACACAUAGUUCGUUUACGAGUCUUCGUAAAUGACUAAGAUGUCCUACGCCAUAUUCAGCAAUAUCCCAACAAAAUCACGGCAAAACUUAGGUUUGCACUUUGCGGCCAAGUAGGAAUCGAACCCUCACACAAGUGUACCCUGGGCUCAAAUGCAGUCUUUUUAAUAUCCCUUUUACUAUUUCCCUCCCUGGGACAGAUGCACGGUUACCAUGGUGAAAUAAUUUAGACAAGGAAAGAUAACUCUUAUUCUUAAUAUCCGGACAGUUUGACAUCAUUCUUUUCCGGACAAAAUCAAAAGUGUUGAUCAUCCUGAAAAAUAGUCGUUCACACCACAUGUUCUGUAUUACCCUUGUGAUGGCGAGAAACAUUUGGAUGUGUCAGUGCCUGAUUUUAAUUUUAUUCUGUACCCUGAAUCAAUGCACAAUAACGAUCACUUUCAUUUUAGAUCACCUCUCGGAAACGUUAACUAAAAAGAAAAUAGUUUACUAAUCUCUAUCGCUAGAAAUAUCAUUUAGAUGUAUUACAACCUGUUCAAGAAUGUGAUACUCCAGUAUAUUAACCUAACCCGUGAACCUGCUGUUGGUGGGGUAGCUUAGUUGCGCGAUUGAUAGACACUACGAAGGCCUGGGUUCGAUUUCCCAUGUACAUGGGUGUCAUGUCUACAAUCAUUUCUGGCGUUCCUCGCCGUCAUACCGCUGGAAAAUUGCAAAAUCGGACUACAUCUAUCCUCAUUGAAUAACUUUUUCAAAUUUCAUUGUUGUUGGGGUAGCUCUGUCGUCAAUAGCGCCACAAUUCGCAGAGUUGCGUCCCUUAGUCAUGCCAGUAUCCGAUGAUUGUGGUUCUAAAUCAAGCUUCGCCCUUAUUAUAUGUAGUAAACGCCUAAGAACUGCAUCACUAACGACUUUCCUCCCUUAUCAAACUGGCACACCCUGAUUAUACAGUAAUAAUCUCCAAACUUUAAACCCAACUAACUCACCAACUAACUCACUCACCCUUUCUAGUUGACAUUGUUACAGAGUGUUCAAAAACUUGUAAACCCUUAAAGAGUAACAUUCCAUACCCGAAAAUUUGGUUUGUAAUCCUGGGAAUGAUUUUUUUUAUAAAUAGAAUAAUUAUAUUGAUACGUAAUAGAUUAUUCCAAAAAAUAUUUUUUGUUCCUGUUCAUGCUGUAGAUAAUGGCACAUACUGCCAAAAAUCUAUGCUGUAAUAACGAUUAUUUAUGACAGAUUUAUGUUUUUUCAAUGACUGCGAAUAAAUCUUCUGCAAUAAGAAACAUCGCAAUAGACAUACAGCAAUUAUAAUAACAAGCAAUAUCCACAAUUAUUAUAUUUGCCUGCAUUCCUUGCACAAUUGUGAUACUGCACUGUGGACUGGAUCGGAAUGUAACUAUGACCAGUGCCAAAUAACUCGCUCUAUCUUUCAUCUAUCAUGAAUUGUGAUACACAAACUGAGAAGCGUAAAAUAAUAUAGUUGCCAAACGUCCAUGCGAACAUCCCUGCGAAUGAGUUCUUCAAGAAAUGUUCUUAGUGCAGAGUGUGAUCAUUAUAUCAGGUAUAGAAUGUUCAAAAUAUUCAUUUCACGUAAAAUAUGUUUAUUUAACAGUGUUCUUUUUGUUUUGUUUCUUGUACUGUAUAAAUGUGUCUAUUGCCAAGUGUUAUAUGCAAUGUUUUACUCGGUUGUAAGGGGCUGUGGACAAUCCAUUAUAUAAACUUCAGUACUGUUUUGUUGUGUUUCUGUGUCUGAACGGUCGUUGUUGACAUAGAUGAUGGAGGUUACUGAAUUGUCUGAUUAAUCUAUAUAUGAAUACACAGAUUGAACCUGAAUAAAAACUUGAAAAAUA